UCCCCUGUGUGGACUUAAGAGGCACGUUUGUAAAUCCUGAAGAUCCUCAGUUCAGGGCAGGGAGAGAGGAGUUCACCCACUGAAGCUGCUGCAGGACAGAGGGGGAUACGUGUGUUAUCUGCGCUGGAGAUGAUGUCUCUCUCAUGCGUUUACCUCAGCUGGAGCCUCCUGACUGUAGCUGUGAUCCCCGUGUCUGUAGGUGAAAUGUAUACGUCGCUGCUGAACGUGAAGCAGGCGAUCAGUGUUGAACGGAAGCUGAUCGAUUACUUGAAAACUUACAUUGACCACGAGUCAGAGCGACUGGAGGACAUAAAGCGCUUUUAUGCCAAAGUGUCAGACCUGCACACUGAACUUUAUAAAGGCCCGGCAACUGCGAUGGCAAACCCGCUGGUGUCAUUCACCCUGAUCAAGAGGCUGCAUUCAGAGUGGCUGAAUGUAGUCUACAGCAACGAAGCCCUGGAGAACGCACAAGCCCUCAGGUCCAGUUACGAGGGGGAAGAGGGUGAUCUGCCCAAACUGGAAGACCUCCAGGGGGCCGCCAAGGGGCUGAUGAGGCUGCAGGAUGUGUAUGCUCUCCAGGUCACAAGCCUCGUAGGGGGUCGUUUCCAGAGAGUCACUAAUGGACAGCCUACUGAUGUGUACCUGCCCACAGUGUCUGUCCCACUGUCUGGUGAUGACUGCUUUCUGGUUGGAAAGGUGGCCUAUGAGCAGGAGGACUACUACCACUCAGUGCAGUGGUUGGAGGAGUCGGUCCGUCUCUUCAGGGGAACAGGAGGAGAAUGGAGCCCUGAGAAUGAAGGGACUUUAGAGGACGCUCUGGAUCACCUGGCCUUCUCUCAUUUUAAAACAGGAAACGUCUCCUACGCUCUCAGAUUAUCUCAGGAGUUACUGCAUCAUGAUCCAAUGAAUGGAAGGGUUUUGCUGAACGUUGAGAAAUACGAGAAGCUGCUGGUUUCAAGUCCGCCAAUAUCAAUCAGGUCGGAUGGGCUGACCAGACCCACCUCCAAUAAUUUAAGGACCAGGGACACUUACGAAAGGCUCUGCCAGUCCCAAGGCUCUCAGCAGCGAAUGCAGUUUGAAAACCCCAGACUAUUCUGCGACUACUUCACCAACGGGAAUCCUAAACUGCUACUUCUGCCGGUAAGACGUGAAGUGCUGAGCUUGAAGCCGUAUGUGGUCCUGUACCACAACUUCAUAUCUGACACAGAGGCUGAGGACAUCAAGACUACCGCCCAACCAGGAUUGAAACGAUCUGUGGUGGCAGCUGGAGAGAAACAAGCAACCGCAGAGUAUCGGAUCAGCAAGAGUGCAUGGCUGAAGGGCUCAGCACACUCCACUGUCGGGAAGCUGGACCACAAGAUCUCCAUGCUCACAGGUCUGAAUGUGAAGCAUCCAUAUGGCGAGCACCUCCAAGUAGUUAAUUACGGGAUUGGUGGCCAUUAUGAGCCUCACUUUGACCACGCUACAUCGCCUUCAAGUCCCGUGUUCAAGCUGAAAACUGGGAAUCGAGUGGCAACCUUUAUGAUAUAUCUCAGCUCUGUCGAGGCAGGUGGGUCCACAGCCUUCAUCUACGCCAACUUCAGUGUUCCUGUCGUGGAGAAAGCGGCUAUUUUCUGGUGGAAUCUCCAUAGAAAUGGUCAAGGAGACGCAGACACGCUGCAUGCUGGGUGCCCUGUGCUCAUUGGGGACAAAUGGGUGGCUAACAAAUGGAUCCAUGAGCAUGGCCAAGAGUUCCGACAUCGCUGCAGCCUGAAUCCUGAAGAGUGAGAGGGGUGGAGCGAUAGCUGGGCCCCUUGGAGUACAAGAGCCAGCCUCUACAAUGCAGAGGCACACUUGCAGGCGGAGGGGAGGGGGGAGGAGGGAGCCGGAAAGUGAGCACACAGUCAGGGUAGUAGAGAACUGUCGUGGGACAGCCUGCAUCUGUUAUUGGAGCCCCGGGCCCCAGGGAUCCUGGAGUGGACAUGGAUAGCACAAGACUGAGAGGCGGGGUAGAAGAGGGCCGGGGCUGUUGGCAAUCAGCCCCCAGAGGCCAAACGCUCUCUUGCUCUUACUGGCCAGUUCCUGCAGCUGGAGGGAGGCCCCAGCACACUGUGCUGGUUUCAGUUAACUGUGUUUGCAAGGCUGUUUGCCUCUCCUGCCUGCUUUAAAAACUGACAUCUGCAGCCCUUUUCCUACAUUGGGCCCGCUCCAGGGUCUGUCAUUACAAAUCAACACAGCUGUUCUUUGUGCAGACGGUCAGAACUUUAUUUAGAGUGUGUGGAUGCAGAAGUUUACAAAUAUACCAAAUGUGCCUGAAUCACAGUGAAAUGUGUUUCAAAUGAUACACAAGGCAUCAACGUUUUUUCAUUAUGAUGUAAUGGGAUUCUGCCAAAAAUAAAGUGGUGUUUUUGGAUUUUAAUAUUCAAGUCCAUUUAACUGUGAUAAUACUUCAGUGAAGUGCUGGGAUAGGCAGAUACACAGCAUGUG